UCCCCUCCCAGAUGACACCUCCCUCCACACUGCCAGCCGCCUGCCCCUCGCUCCCCAAAUACCACAACUGCCCCCUUUACACACACACACAACAGUGAGUGAGGUGGGCAGGCAGAGAAACAGGAGGGUGGACAGAACCUCUGUGAGAGGAAGGAAAGACUAAGUCAGAAGAGAGAGAGAGGAAGAAAGGGAAGAGUUCCUUUCACUCAGUCACAUUAGUGGGCGCGUGCAGUAAGGAGCAACACAUCACACUUCUGGUCCACCUGAACACCAGCAAAUAAACAUCUACAAGCAUCUGCAGCUACCAAGAAACAGGGGCACAACAAAAAAGGAACUGCUAACGGAUUAGUAAUACAGAAGGUACUGACUGGACAAAUAACAUUGACUCUUCUACAAGGACUGUUCAACCACCUCACAGGUUUGGUCAAGGAAGGAGCUACAGGAGGCAACUUUCACUCCGAGUGUUGACCGUGAGAAGAGAAGUACCGUGAACAACAAAGAGACGACCCAAGUGAUCCCCAUCAUUACGAACACUUAGGAGGAGCCAACAUGAGUCUGUCUCGAAACGGGACUCUGGACAAGUCGCUGACCCAGAUGGGCAACUCGGACCUCGGCGAUCACAUACACAACCGCCUCCACCACACCAACUCCGUCUCGUCCAGCACAGUGCCAGCAAGCGGCGGGGGUGGCGCCGCCAAUGUGGUGGUGCCGCCCCCCUACUCGUUGGCUGGCAGCGGUGGUGGCGGAGCAGGCACUGGCGAGGUUCCGCUCGAGCUGCGUGGCUCACUGGACUGCUGGGCGUGCUCGGUGUUGGUGACCAUGCAGAACCUCAUCAUCGCCACCAUCAACGGCAUCCUGGCCAGCAUCGUGUUCGGCCUCAUCCUGCUGCCUGCCCUCGUCAUGCUCGUGUUCGGCUUCCUGUGCCAUUCCUCAGUGCAGCCCCACGGCACGUCGGUGUACUGCUCGGACCUGCUGAACGACGAGGGCUGCGUGGCGCUGCUGGUGGUGGGCUUCCUGCUGCUGACGCCGCUCCUGGUGCUGGCGCUGGCCGCCUACUGCCGCCUGGCGCGCCACCUGCAGCUGGGCCUCUGCUUCAUCCCCUACAGCCGCGCCGUCUACAAGAACCUGCCCGCCUCGCACCACCGCGGCCUGAGCUGCUGCACCGAGCAGGGCAUCGAGCGCGAGGGCAAGGGCAGCGUGUGGGUGUAAGGCGCUGGACGAGAGAGAGAGAGAGAGAGAGAGAGAGAGAGAGAGGAGGUGGGCGGAGUCGACCUGGAGCUGGACAGGGGCCCACGUACAGGUGGAGUUUUGGGGUUUUUAGUCCAGUCUUCCAGUUAAAGUCAUUCAUGGAGUGCUGGACACAUUAAUGAUCAGGAUUGAGUUGGUGAAGUGACCAGUGAUGUGGAUAUAUUAGUCAUCCAGUACGCUGACUUGAUUGGUAGGGUGGUGAAUUUGAAUCUCCACCAGAAAGGGUGCAUUCAGGAACAGCAGGAUGCAUGUAAUGCAGAUAGACAGGACAAGACAUAACAAUGAAAAUGUAAUAUUACACACCUUACCUUACACUAGAGCAUUUUUCUUGUGUACAUUUUUAUACUUUGUAGAUACAUGUUUUUUCUACUCUGCUAGACUCAAUAAACAGAUUUUUGUCUCCCUGAAAUGAAUGUGAGAAA